UGUGUUGCAGAGUUGUUGUGUGUGUCUGUGUUGCUGUGUUGUUGUGUGUCUGUUUUGCCAUGUUGCUACCUGUGUGUCCGUGUUGUUGUGUCUGUGUUGUUGCAUGUCAUCAUUAAAUCGUGAGCUCUUGCGUUUGUUCGGAUGUUUCUGAUCAGAUCUCGAGUAUGUGUGCGGUUGCUCGGUAACGCCCUCCUGUGUAUUUCCGGCUCAUGUCAGGUCAGUUUGUAGUCCCGCCCUCUGCUAGCGUUUCUUUGUGAUUUUUUUUAAAAUAUUUUUUUUAUUCAUUUGAAAUCAAACAGAGAGGAGGAAGGACCUUCAUCUUCCUCACUUUUUAAAUCUUUCCCUCCCCUCAGUGACGACUCCUCGUGCUGUCUGCCCUUUCUCCUCCUCCUGUAACUCCUCCUCCUCCUCUUCCUCCUCAUGUUUCUGUUCAGUGCUGCAGUCACAGUUUGCACAUGUGGGGCAUUCAGGGCACUUUAGAGCUGCAGGAAAACUCAACCUCUUCUCUUUCAUCCUCUUUUUAUUUUUGAGCCUUUUUUGAGGACAUUUGUUGAGGCCAGCGUUCAGGGUCGAUGGGGUAUCAGAGGAGCAUGUGGCGCAGUCUGGCUGGAGGAGGAGGAGGCGAUGUAACUGUGGUCAGGUGUUUCUGCUCAGAGGAACAGGUGAAGAUCUCCUUCAGGAGUGUGGAGGAGGAUCGGCGGCUCAGACGAGUGUUUGUGCGCCGCUGGUUUGGUGGACUGUCGGUGUCGCUGCUCUUCAGAUAUUUAGCCAAACCCUCAGAGGACUGGUUAGCCGAGUCCCCCCGCCUGUCCACCGCCUCCAUCAGCAGCGAUGAGCGUGCUCCGUCGGCCACACCCUCCGACUCCUCUGACCUGCUGGCAUGUUACCGGCGCCCUGUGAGCCUGAUCUCCACUUUGUCCUCCGGGUCUGGAUCCUCCAGAGACGACAACCUCGCCCUGCCUCCAUCUAUCACCAGCUCCUCCUCGGACCCCGACAUCAACCUGAACCUGAGCCCUGAGGAGGGCGCCGCAGAUCUCCAGGGGUCAAGCCCCCAACCCAACAGGAAGGGGCAGAGCUUCAUUCACAACAAAAACAACAACAACAAAGACUGGAAGGCGAGUCAUACCUCGAGCCGCCGGCAGCCGGCUUCACCAUUUAUCCGUGCCAGCAUGGCGCCCAACCCUCAGUUGACCUACCUGGACCGCGUCGUCAUGGAGAUCAUUGAGACAGAGAGGAUGUACGUGAGAGAUCUGCGCAUGAUCGUGGAGGACUACCUGGCUCACAUCAUCGAUCAGUCGGACCAGUCGGAUCUGUCGAUCCGUCCUGAGCUGGUCUGCGCUCUCUUUGGAAACAUUGAGGACAUCUACGAGUUCAACAGCGAGCUGCUUCAGGAUCUUGACCAGUGUGACAACGACCCUGUCGCCAUUGCCAGGUGCUUCGUCAUGAAGAGCGAGUACUUUGACAUCUACACACAGUACUGCACCAACUACCCAAAUUCGGUGGCGGCGCUGACAGAGUGCAUGAGGAACAAAUCUCUUGCCAAAUUUUUCCGGGACCGCCAGUCCUCGCUUAAACGUUCGCUGCCUCUGGGUUCAUACCUGCUCAAACCUGUUCAGAGGAUCCUUAAAUACCACCUGCUGCUACAGGAGAUAGAGAAGCAUUUUGACCCAGAGGAGGACGGUUAUGAGGUGGUAGAGGAGGCCCUCUACACUAUGACAGGAGUGGCAUGGUACAUUAAUGACAUGAAGAGGAAACAUGAACACGCCGUCCGACUCCAGGAGGUUCAGUCACUGCUGCUGAACUGGAAAGGUCCUGAUCUCACCACAUACGGAGAAUUGGUUCUGGAGGGAAACUUCAAGGUCCAUCGAGCCAAAAAUGAAAGAACGCUCUUUCUCUUUGACCGGGUGCUGCUCAUCACCAAACGUCGCGGCGAGCACUAUGUCUACAAGACGCACAUCUCUUGCUCCACACUGACGCUCAACGAAAACGCCAAAGACUCCCUGAGCUUCAGCGUCAUGCAUUACAAAAACCCCAAACAGCCUCACACCGUCCAGGCUAAGACGGUGGAGGAGAAGAAGCUCUGGGCUCAUCACAUCAAACGCAUCAUUGUGGAAAACCACCAAGCCAUCAUCCCACAGAAGGCAAAAGAAGCUAUCCUGGAGAUGGACUCCAUCUAUCCUUCCAAGUACCGUUACAGUCCUGAGCGCCUGAAGAAAGCCACGUCCUGUCACUCUGACGAGUUCCCACGAGACGCUCGUCAGGGCCGGCGACAGUCAGAGCCGAUCAAACAAACCCUGAAGAGCAACAAAGCGCUCCUGGAGUGCUCAGAUGACAGGCGCUCUCUGCGGGCCGCCGUCAGCAGCAGCAUGCUGGGGGACUCUGUCACGGAGGAGGAGGCAGAGCUCGGCAGCAGGAAGGACUCGCUGGAGCGACUGCUGUGCAGCGUGGAAGAGGAAGAGGUGGGUCAGUUGGAUGAUGCUCUGCUGGAGGACGAGCAGGUAGACGACUUUGCCAGCUCCGUGCUCGCUGCCAUCUCCUGCUGGCACGUCACUGUCCAGGCCUUCCUUUCCGCCGCAGGGACGGACGCAGAGGGAGGUGGCGUCUCUUCAGACAACUCUAACAAAGAAAAUGGACAACUCCCUGAAGAAGAAGAGCCAGGUGGCACAGAGCCGACACCUAAGCAGCCAGCUGUAGAGAAGCUACCACAGGAGAAGAUGUCUGAACCAAUCUCAGAACCAGAACAUUUCACUGAUCCGACUCCUUCCAACAUCUCCAAUUCCUGUCAAAAGUCAGACGACCUGAAACAUGAAGUAGAUCCAGAACCCACAGAGGAGCCAUCCUCAGCUACACCUGAUUUGGAUUUGAAGACCUUGAGCAGUGGAGAGUCCUCUGAGGAUGAGGACAACGAGAAGGAGAUAGCAGAGAAGGAAGGCGAAGCCACCAGCAUCCUCCCGUCCUCCGUCCUGGACAAAGCUAGCGCCAUCGCCCAGCACUUUACCAACAGCAUCAAGCGAGGCAGCGUGGCCCAGGACGACGCCCGCUCGCUCGGUUGUCCUUCACCUCGGUUACCCAGCAGGAGUGGCAGCAGCCUCAGCCUGAGUGCCGAAGCAGACGACCGACCUCCGCGGCUCUGCAGCUUUGUUGCUGAUCCUGCAGAGACCUUCGGUGGGACAGAUUUGACUAUGCUGUCUCCUCGAGAUGACAGUAUCUUUGAUAGCGACCGAAGCAUUAGGCGAAGACGGGACUCCACGCUGUCCAAGCAGGACCAGCUGCUCAUUGGGAAAAUCAAGAGUUACUAUGAAAAUGCUGAAAACCAAGACGCCACUUUCAGUCUUCGGCGCAGAGAGAGCCUCACAUACAUCCCAUCUGGGUUGGUCAGGAGCUCCGUCAGCCGGUUCAACAGCACCUCGACCUCCUCCACCUCCACUGUGGACCCUACUUCUGCAGAGUCACACUCUGCUUUACCCCAAAAUACCCAGGAUCUUAUGGGCUGUAGUGGCUCUUUGGACUCUUUGAAGUCUGAACAAAGAAGCACUGAUCCAGAAGAUUCAGAAGGCAGCCAGAGGUCCAGGUCUCAAAGUGUGCAGGAUAAUCUCUCUGAUGAUGAAGAGUUCAAACCUUCAUCUAAAAUGAUUAAGAUCUGGCAGGCGAUGGAGCGACACAUCACAAAAUCCCAGAGUGAAGAUGAAGGGCAGGAUCGAACCAAAGAAGCUCCAGUAACCUCCAGAAUCUCCGGCCUUUCUUUCCCAACCAAAAACUCUUCCCAAGAAAGCAGAGCUUCUGAUCUCAGCACCAUCAAAGAAGAGUCGACAAGCCCUAUGCCCCUCAAGCCCAAAGCCUCGGAGGUGAACCGGACAGGAAGCGUGAGGGACACGCUAAAGAUGUUUGGGGAAGAGGCCGCCGUUCUCAGGGCUCCAGUGCCUCGGGUCACCCAGCUGAAGGUGGAGGCAGAAAAGGAGCGCCCCAGUAGCGCUUCAGACCAGGUGGUUGAAGUGGACAAGAUGGCGAGCAAAGUCCUCCACCUGGCUCGUCAGUACAGUCAGCGAAUCAAAACCUCCAGUCCGGUGGUCCGACAGCGAAGUCAGGGUCUCCUCUUUGGAAAGAAGAGCUUAGCCAGUGUGGUGGAGGAGAGGGAAGGUUCGGGUAUACCCAGCCUGACUCUGCCGCUGGUUUCUCAUAAGCAGGCGACUUCUUUGCCGCUGAGUCCUGUAGACCACGUGAGGUCUUUAACCCUCGGCUUCACCUCCAGCUCCAGGGGCGUCUCCCCAGGCCGGCCUCACUCUCGCAGCCCCCUCAGUCCACCUCCUCCCCUCGAAGGCUUCAACUGGCCCGACGUCCAGGAACUCCGGUCCAAGUACUCCGCCAACAGCUGCUCCCAGAAGAGUGCAGUCAGUCGGAGUCAAUCCAUCCCGGAGCAGUUCGACAGCAGUCUGAGGAGGCACUCCAGCUGCCCCUCGGGCCGCUUCCUCACUGACGAAGCUUCCAGCAGGGUUCCUUCACAAAGGCCUCACAGAAACUGGGACGCCAGCUGGGAGGAACGCAGCAAACGGCUCCUCAGAGCCAAUUCCCUGGAUCCUCGGCUGAGUGAAUCUCAGAUGAGUGAUCUGCAAAAGCUCCAGGACCAGGUGGCAAAUGACAGUUACUACAUUGCAGCUGAGGCCCCCCUAACAAACGACCCCGAACACAAGAUCAUUGUCAUGGAGAAGUUUCCAGAGCCAGAAGAAACAGCCAGAGACAAAAAAGACGAAAGUUACGUCCAGAUCCGUUCACCCACCAGCAGAGAGAAGAUCUCCAUCAUGGCCGUCAUCGACCGGUGCCGGGCCUACCAGGAGUCUGACGAAUACCAACAGAGGGAGGAACUGAAGGCCAAAACCGAACAGAACAAGUCCACAGCAGUGUCUGCUGAUCAAGAUGUUUCCCAGAAAAUGAGAUCAACCUCAGGGCCGAAGGUGGAAGGUCAGCAGAGCAUCGUGAAGAACCUGAGGGAAAGGUUUCAGAGCCUGAGCUGAAGAGAGAGUUGUCCGAGCUCUCCUCUACAUGUCACGACUCUCAGUUUAUAACCAAAAGAUGUAACAAUGACAGGUUGCUCAAGUUUUAAUGAUGUCAUAAUUAUUUAAUUUAUGUGAGCAUGAAAGGAAAAGCUGUUUUAGCAUGUGGUAAUGGCACAAAUGUUCAGGGGGUGAAAUAUUAAAACAAAGAAAUUAUCAUAUAUGUAUAUAAAGUCUGCAGUUAGAAUUCUUUCUGCUAUCUUAGAAAUGUAAAUAUCUUAUUGAAAAUCUUGAUGGGAGCACCUUUCUGUGCAGGAUGCCGUGUUCUGCACAGGGUUAUUACAUCUUCUGUCCAGGUGGAAUCAGGAAUACACUAAGGGAUCGCUUAAAGCUCCAGACUGCACCCACUUUAACUCUUUAAAGCUCCUCUGUGAGAGGACUAACCACUAAACUCACGUCGUUCACUCCCGGUGUAAAAAGCGACCAGGUUGAGCGUGUGCUGUGUACAGAGUAUUUCACCUCUUCACCUGACCUCCCUGAAGCCCCAACUCCUGUGACUCAGAGGUCAGACUAUUGCAGUGGUUUGGGAUUACUGCAGCACUCGGUCACUGAUUUUAAAUUUCAGAAUAUGGAUUUUUGUUUUUUAAAAAUAUGGAGGUCUACAUUGUCAGCACCAGACUCACCUCUUUGUUGUCAGAGGUGUUGUUGCAGAAAUAAUGGCCUUCAUAUUUCACUUGUUUGAUGGUGAUUUUAUCAGAGAGCAAACAUUCCUUGGUGAUAAUGAAUCUUUGAACAGUCAUCUCUGAAUCAUCAGAGCUUGGUCGGGGUAUUUGGGCCACCCGGAGCAGCGGGGCGUUGGUAACGCCACCGUUCGGUGAGGUCAGAUUAUUCUUUGUGUUAAUGUCUGCUUGAUAUGAAGGCAGCUUUAAUCCCUCCUGGGGAGCAGCAGCAAUACACUGUCUUUGGAUAGUACCUUGUACAACACAACCACAAAGACCAAACCGUCCUUCAAAGGAGCGGUACAUUAUAUCGAACUCUCUGUGACUGGCUGCGUUUAGACUGUCUGUAGGGGGAUGUGUUGGCUCCAAAAGAAGAGGAAAAGCCCCUCAGAGUUUGUGUGAUCUGCACUUUGUGAGUUGGUAACUUGUAGAGCAAGGAGCUGACCAAGCUGAUCGUGUCUGAGGGCUGGUGUGAGAGGCCUCGUCAUGAUCAGGACUUCCUCUCCCGGAUCCGUCUGCUGUCGGUUCAGACUGUUGAGACUAGAAGACAGUUCAGUGAAGGCAACAUGAACGCACCUGAUACCUGCACACAGUGUCAGUUAUUGAUCAUCAGCUUCUCAUCACACUGAUUGAUUGUGGUCACCACGUUAAAGUCAGACUGUUCCUUCCAGUGAUUAAAACUUUAAAGACAUAACCAUGAGUAAAUGUUCACGACAGCCAGAGCAGUGCAAGGAGCUUCAAACCUGCCUCAUUAGAAAAAAAAUUAAUAAACACAGGUGAUGGAUUUAUUAAUUGUCCAGUAAUUACUAAACUGUAAAUAAGUGAAGUACAAAUGAUUUUUUUUUGUUUGUUUGGCCAAGUUCUCUUUUUCCUGUUAACAAUCAUAAAUAUUCAACUGUAAAAGUCAUUAGUAGUUUAUUUAAUACUUAAUAUUUAAAGGAAUUUCAGUUUUUGUGCCUUGUUGUUGUAUUUCAUCAUAUUUUAUAUAAGUCAAUAUUUUCCUAAUAAGUCAUGUGUUGGACUCUGCUGUUAGCACUUUGCUCAGAGGCACAUGGCAGAUUUGAACAUGUGACUUCCCACCUGCACAUCCUGCUCCUCAGUCAGUCCACUGUUAACAGUCAUGUGACAAUGUCAUGUACUCCCUAUUUAUUUGAUCAGAUUUAAAUAGAAACACAGCAACUGUCUUUCUAUAACUCUGUGUGUGUGUCUACAAAUGUGUUUGUAUGACAUCUGUUCUGCAUUAAAACCACAUAUAGAAGAAAAA